AUGUCAAGUUUGCGCUCACGCCUGAAGGGCAUUCUUCGCAUUUCCAAACCGUCGUUGCAAAAGACCAACAAGUCGACAACCAGCCUAGACUUGGAUCCCAAUAAACUAUCGACAACAAAAGCCAAAUCGAAGAAGGAUGACCUCGAUUUCCUAGAGCUCGUGUCUGGGACUGAUCCAAUUGUCGACAUUGUCGCCAUCCAUGGCUUGGACGGCCACAGAGAACGUACUUGGACGGCAGAGAAUGGCACAUUGUGGCUCCGAGAUCUUCUCUCGGUCGACAUCCCCAAUGCUCGUAUCCUCGUGUAUGGCUACGACGCUGAUACUCGCAGCCAAGAGUGUGUCUCAACGCAGACGAUAUAUCAGCAUGCGGACAAGUUUGUCAAGUCUCUCAUACGGCAACGUAGUGAUACUCCACGUCGACCAAUCAUCUUCAUCGCGCACAGCUUGGGAGGCAUAGUACUCAAACAGGCUCUUGUCCUUUGCCACGUCCAGACUUUAAGCUCGACAAAUCAACUGCGGGAUAUAUUGGUGUCUACUCAUGCUGUCUUGUUCUUCGGAACACCUCAUUCCGGCGUCAAAGGUGUCGAGCUUCUCAAAACCAUGAACAGGCUAUUGUCAGUAUACUUGAAGACGACAGAGGCUAUCCUCCGGAACCUCAAAGAGAACUCCCCAGAGCUAGAAAAUAUACAAAACCUAUACACUUCGGCGAGCGAGGAGAUCCAGACCGUUCUGUUUUACGAAGUGUAUCCGACGCCGACCGUUGGCGGUAAAAGUCAAAUAAUUGUCCCGCAUCAUUCGGCAACGGUCGCUGGAGAUCGCCAUGCGACUAAGGAAGGACUGGCUGCUGAUCAUUGUGAGAUGGUCAAGUUCCCAGACACGAAACAUGUCAAUUAUGUUGCCGUUCUUUCGUACCUCAAACAGCAUAUUGAAGGGGCUAUCCCCGCGGUGAAAAAGAAAUGGUUGGCAGAGGACAAACACCGAGCUUUGACAAAUGGAGAGAGCUUGUCGCUACCUGAGGUUUUCUUGCCGAAGCCUCGUCUCGCAGUGUCAAGGAACUAUGUGGAUAGACCAAGCAUUCAAUCCCUCAUGACGCAAAUUUUGCUUCCAAGUGGUCGUGCACGGCAUCAACCACGGUGUAUACUGCAUGGAAUUGGAGGGGCUGGCAAAACUCAGCUCGCCACAAACUGGAUUCGGGAGCAUGAAGAUAGUUUCACUCGCGUGAUUACCAUCGACGCUUCCAGUCAAACUCAGCUGGAAAAAGAUUUGGAGCUGUCGAUUCGCUCUUUAGGCCCCGAGUAUGCCAAAAUGUCUUGGAAAGAUGCGGUUUCGUAUCUUGAUGGCAAAGAGAUAGGCUGGUUGCUCUUUCUUGACAAUGCCGACUCGCCAGAUCUCGAUCUUCGCCCAUACCUUCCUGCUUCCCCGCAUGGGACAGUUCUCAUCACUACGAGAAAUAGUGAAUGCGUCGGCUACGCUCUGGAUGGCGCAGUCUCUGUUCGUGGGCUUGAGGAAAGCGAGGCGGUCAAGCUCCUCCAUACAACCGCCGAUAUUACACCCACAUCCGACGGUGAAUCCCUCCGAAUUGUCAGGGAACUAGGAAUGCUGGCGCUCGCAAUUACCCAGGCAGGAGCGUAUAUUCGCAAGACGCGACGCCUUGAUACAUACCUCGACACGUUUCGCAGGCAUCGAGAUCAACUUCUGCGCAAGCGACCAGAGCUCGGGACGGAGUAUACAUCGUCGACGUAUACUGCAUUCGACCUGUCCUUUGACGACCUCCCCUCGAAGACGCAGGAGUUCCUGAAGCUCUGCGCGUUUCUUCAUCACUCACUCAUUCCUAUUUCGCUCUUUGAGCAGUCGACGUUGCAUGGUUUUGCCGCAUACGCCGCUCUGGACAGCUGCCCUCCACCAGAGAGUGACAAGACCUUCAUCUCCGACCUUGAGCGGAUAGUAGGCUCGACAUGGGAUGAGGCUGUGUUUCAGGAAAUCGUUGAUUCGGCUUCUCGUACGUCGUUCGUCGAUGUCUCGAGUGACGGAUUAUUCUACAGCGUGCACCCCCUCCUUCAGGUUUAUAUAAAAGACCGUCUUGAUGAAGAAGAACGCCGACACUACCUGAGUAUGACAAGACAACUCCUGCUUGGUGCAAUUCGGCCGGUGGACGGCAGUAAUGUGCUACAUUGGCAACUGCUUCCCCACGCCAAUAAUAUAUCUCACACCAUAAAGUCAGAAAGUGUGUCACAUGCGCUGGCAUUUCACAAACUGUACGAGUCCCUAGGUGACUGGAACUCGUGUCGAAAGCUGUUGGAACCUGCUGUUUCCCAACUACAACAGGCCGAAGGCAAAGGGCAUGAAAAUUUGAUAUGGAUUAUGGGCAACCUUGCUCAAGCAUUAAAUGGAUGUGGUUUACUUGGCGAGGCGGAAAGAAUGGAGCGAGAAGUCCUCACGCUGCGGCUUGACAUCCUCGGAGGACGCCAUCCAGACACCAUUGCGGCAAUGAACAACCUUGCAAACACCUUGCGUGACCGUGGUCAACUGGAUGAAGCAGAGAAGAUGCAGCGAGAAGUCCUCACGCUGCGGCUUGAUAUCCUCGGAGGACGCCAUCCAGACACCAUUGCGGCAAUGAACAACCUUGCAGCCACCUUGCGUGACCGUGGUCAACUGGAUGAAGCAGAGAAGAUGCAGCGAGAAGUACUUACGCUGCGGCUUGAUAUCCUCGGAGGACGCCAUCCAGACACCAUUGCGGCAAUGAACAACCUUGCAGCCACCUUGCGUGACCGUGGUCAACUGGAUGAAGCAGAGAAGAUGCAGCGAGAAGUACUCACGCUGUGGCUUGACAUCCUCGGAAGACGCCAUCCAGACACCAUCAUGGCAAUGAACAACCUUGCAAACACCUUGCGUGACCGUGGUCAACUGGAUGAAGCAGAGAAGAUGCAGCGAGAAGUCCUCACGCUGCUGCUUGACAUCCUCGGAGGACGCCAUCCAGACACCAUUGCGGCAAUGAACAACCUUGCAAACACCUUGGGUGACCGUGGUCAACUGGAUGAAGCAGAGAAGAUGCAGCGAGAAGUACUCACGCUGCAGCUUGAUAUCCUCGGAGGACGCCAUCCAGACACCAUUGCGGCGAUGAACAACCUUGCAAACACCUUGGGUGACCGUGGUCAACUGGAUGAAGCAGAGAAGAUGGAGCGAGAAGUCCUCACGCUGCGGCUUGAUAUCCUCGGAGGACGCCAUCCAGACACCAUUGCGGCAAUGAACAACCUUGCAGCCACCUUGGGUGACCGUGGUCAACUGGAUGAAGCAGAGAAGAUGCAGCGAGAAGUACUCACGCUGCGGCUUGAUAUCCUCGGAGGACGCCAUCCAGACACCAUCAGAGCAAUGAACAACCUUGCAGCCACCUUGGGUGACCGUGGUCAACUGGAUGAAGCAGAGAAGAUGCAGCGAGAAGUCCUCACGCUGCGGCUUGAUAUCCUCGGAGGACGCCAUCCAGACACCAUUGCGGCAAUGAACAACCUUGCAAACACCUUGAGUGACCAUGGUCGACUGGAUGAAGCAGAGAAGAUGCAGCGAGAAGUACUCACGCUGCGGCUUGAUAUCCUCGGAGGACGCCAUCCAGACACCAUCAGCGCAAUGAACAACCUUGAAAUCACUUUGCGUGAUCGUGGUCAACUCGAGGAAGUGGAGAAAAUGCACCAAGAUAUGCUCGCCCUGCAGCUUGAGACUCGAGGGCAAUCGGCAGCAGCUUGA